CUCCUUCACCUACUGGCUCAGUCCUGUCGUCUCCCUGCCAGUUACCUUAGCUGAGACCGGACCAGCCGGAGCGGAUAGGAGCUAACAAACUACCGACCGCUUACCACGAAGCUGUGAUGAUCUGUAGUCGAAGACAACACCGGAGGGAAAGACGAGACAUGUGAGCCCGGUUGCUGGAUCAAGACUGAGUGUGGUCGGCAUAUUGUCGCUCCUCUGAGCGAGUUUACAGAGGGCUUCUCUCCCGACUGAGAGUUUGUCACCACGGACACAAUGGGCUGCUGCAGCGGGCGGUGCACGCUUAUUUUUAUUUGCACUGUACAGUUGGUGUUGGCUCUAGAACGACAAGUCUUUGACUUCCUGGGGUACCAAUGGGCUCCUAUCCUAGCCAACUUCUUCCACAUCAUCAUUGUCAUCCUGGGCCUCUUCGGCACCAUUCAGUACCGACCACGCUACAUUGUGGUGUAUACAGUUUGGGCGGCUCUGUGGGUGGCCUGGAAUGUCUUCAUCAUCUGCUUUUAUCUGGAUGUAGGCGGCCUAUCCAAGGACAGUGACCUGCUGACAUUUAACAUCUCAGCCCAUCACUCAUGGUGGAGCGAACAUGGGCCCGGCUGUGUUAGGAGAGAGAUGCCGGAAACUGAAGGGUUCUAUACCACUGAGAGCCAUUCCUACAUCACUGUCAUGGGCUGCCUCAUGGACUACCAGUACAUUGAGGUCAUGCACAGUGGAAUGCAGAUCCUGGCCGCGCUCCUGGGCUUUGUGUACGCCUCCUAUGUGGUCAGCGCCAUCACUGAGGAGGAGGACAGCUUUGAUUUUAUUGGUGGAUUUGACCCAUUCCCACUCUACCAUGUCAAUGAGAAACCAUCCCAUCUUCUCCUAAAGCCAGUGUCCCUGUCUACGUAAAUAGAUCAUCCAGGAGGGGAAGCGACGCUCUCAUGGGAGAAAAAAAUGGCUGUUUUGACCUGUUAGUUCCAUGGCACUGGGACAUGCCAGACAUUCUUCUCUCUUACACUUUACAGUACUUUAAACAUGCCACUCAUUGGUGGGCUGCAUGGAAAAUACACCUCAGCUUAACUGUCUUCCUUUUCAUCACCGCUAAAUGUUUAGAAGCAGGUUUUGUUAUUCCGUGCAGAGAUGCUAUGGCCUUCCCACCAACACAACAGUAUAGAGCAGUAUAUACAGUAAAUACCUUUAGUUUGUAAUCGGCAAAAACCCAAUGUUGUCGGUCUGUGUCUUAGCGCUACAGUCGUUUUGCAUGUCAUUGCUGGUUUGGCUCAGAUUUUGGCCGGAGGGCUGAAUUACAGUGAAGCCUGUGGAAUGAACAAACCAUUGUGCACUGCCUGUUUACUUUAGGCAGGGGUCUUUGUGCAUACAUACACAGGCAGAGCAGGAAAAAGGAAGCCAAUCUUGAAGGACACGCAUCAGAAAUACCCAAUGUAAAUAAUGCAGUGAGGAAAGGAGAUAAAUGUACAAUGCUAAAGUUAUGGCAUGCAAGUUUUCAAAGUUUUAUUUCAAAGGUCUUUCAAAGUUUGUGAAGAGUUUCACAAACAGCCAAGUCAUCGUCACUGAAGUGUCAGGUCUUUGUGUUUGACAUAGUGCUUGGAAGCUGUGCAUGGGAUUGUUAUACAUGCUCGGCAUAUUGUUGACAGUCAAGAAACAUCAAAAAUAGCUCAUGUUAGGAAACCUGUACAUCCAUCCAUCCAUCCAUUUUCUAUACCGCUUCAUCCUCAUUGUACAAUUGGAUGUAAAAUUACCUAUACCUGAGUACUGUCCAAUGCCAGUUCAACACUUGGAAUCUGGUGUUUUAAGCAUGUUUUGCAUACAGUGCAUACUGUACGUAUAUGUGUAUAACCUAUCAAACAAUGGAACGACAACACUCCUUUACUGGUUGCAUAUCAAGUGGUUUACCUUGUAGCCGGGGGUGCUAUAAGGGGGAGAAAAGCGCUGCUGAUUGUAAGGGCCCAUGACUGACAGGGAAAGAAAACAGUAUUAGUCUGUUGUUUUGGUGGAGCCCAAAAUCCCUUGGAGGCACCCCUGCUUGUAGCUGUAGUGUUUCUACUGAGCAGUUAUAUGUCAUACCUGGAUCUGACUUCAUCAGUCAAGAUGGAGACGCAUGGGUCAUACCUCCCUUAAAAGAAUGCACUUUUCUUUGAUCAUGUUAAAUGUGCUAAAAGUCAUUUUAGGGGGAGAGAAUCCACUGUUGCCUUACUGCCCUCUGGUGUUUACAGUGUCCAUGUGCAAGAACAGACGGUUUUUAGUUGUUUUGUUUUUUUUAAUAAACCAGUGUUCUUUUUUUAAAGAAAUGACGUCUCAAAAUCAGAUGCAAUAAAUAUUUUUUCAGCACUUUGUUUAUGUUAAGGAGUUAUGCUGUUUUUAGUUGUUUUUUUUUUUCUUAACUACUAAAGCUGAAGUGCUUUCAGGAGCAAAAGAGUUGUGAACAAAUGUGUCUAUUUUUAGCACAUACAGCUAUAUGGCUGGUAAUCAGAUUCCAGUCAUAUUCUCACUGCCAGGUGGUCUGAACAUAUCACAUUGGAUCAUUCAAAAUAAAUACCGUGAACUGCAUUGGCUGUGACUGGUCUCCAAAGGCAGUUAUUUUUGUGAACUUACACACACCUACUUGACAAACUAGUGUGUGCAUUGUGUCAUACUCGGUAUCAAUUAAAAGUCUUGCAUUUUGUUUCAAUAUAGCGUCCCAAACCGUGGCGACUGGAAUAGUUUCAAACAGUUCUGUAUGCAAUGGCAUAAAACGAUGGCACAUCUAUGUAGAUAUUUCUUUAUCUUUGUAUAAAAAGUGUUCUAUUUUCACUUCCAUUUUGUGCCCAGUGUUCCCAAUACCCCAGUGUGAUCGGACUGUGUAUGUUCCUUUUCCAGAACUGUGCUUAAUAAAACUCUUUCUCUGCUCUUGUGUCAUUUAGUAGAAAUCUGUGUCAAAUCCACAUUAACGAUCACCGUGCAGACCGAGCAGCUUAAAAUGUUUAGCAUAGAUAAUAUUUAGUAAAUGUUGACAAAAC